AUUAAGACCUUGUUCUAUAACUCAGUGCUAUUCAGAGAUUAUGGCUGUUUUCCACCUUGUUCUGUUACUCAGUCUAUUCAGAGAUGAUGGCUGUGUUCCACCUUGUUCUGUUACUCAGUCUAUUCAGAGAUGAUGGCUGUUUUCCACCUUGUUCUGUUACUCAGUCUAUUCAGAGAUGAUGGCUGUGUUCCACCUUGUUCUGUUACUUAGUCUAUUCAGAGAUGAUGGCUGUUUUCCACCUUGUUCUGUUACUCAGUCUAUUCAGAGAUGAUGGCUGUUUUCCACCUUGUUCUGUUACUCAGUCUAUUCAGAGAUGAUGGCUGUUUUCCACCUUGUUCUGUUACUCAGUCUAUUCAGAGAUGAUGGCUGUGUUCCACCUUGUUCUGUUACUCAGUCUAUUCAGAGAUGAUGGCUGUGUUCCACCUUGUUCUGGUACUCAGUCUAUUCAGAGAUGAUGGCUGUUUUCUACCUUGUUCUGUUACUCAGUCUAUUCAGAGAUGAUGGCUGUGUUCCACCUUGAAUAUUUGCCAACUGUAGCCUACAACACCAACAUCCCCCUUACUUAAUCCCUGGCAAAUGAAACAGACCCCCUUUCGACAAGCUGUUAGAAAGGUCCUGAUAACAUCCUGAAGCUCCUCAGACUUUAAUCUUCCUCUCCCAUUCAGCAGCACCAGAAACAAUAUGUCCUGUAUAUCAUAUGGUUCCCAUUGGUUCAGCUGGUGGGCAUUGUCCCAAAUGGCACCCUAUUUGACCAGAGCCCUACGGGUAGUGGUCAAACGUAGUGCACUAUAUACAGUAGGGAGUAUGGUGUCAGAGUACUACAGUAUAUAGGGAUUGGGUGCCAUUUGGGAGCAGCUCUAAUGUGUCUGAGUAAUGCAGGGGAGGUGUGUUUACUUACAUUACUGUCAUCUUCUGUGUCACUCACUUCCUCUGCACGGCGCACACAGCAGCCUGGAGGAGAAUAUCCACACGCAUUUCAAAGUUGUCUUUGCAGGCUGUAGCUUUUACAGCAUCGCUCUUAGGGUUGCAAAAUUCCGGUAACAAAGAAUAAAUUCCCAGAUUGUCCAGAAUACCUAGUUGGACGAUUCUGAAUUUCUUGAUUAUUCCCUCCUGAUUUCAGAAAUCCUCUAACUGUUUUUUUGGGAAAACCAGGGAAUUUAUUGAUUAUUCCCUCCUGAUUUCAGAAAUCCUCUAACUGGGUUUUUGGGAAAACCAGGGAAUUUAUUGAUUAUUCCCUCCUGAUUUCAGAAAUCCUCUAACUGGGUUUUUGGGAAAACCAGGGAAUUUAUUGAAAGUUCCCGGCAUUUUGCAACUCUAGCUCUGACAGAAAGCAGAACCCUCCGACUGGGUCUGAACUGACAUAGGCAGAAGAAGAAGAUGGAGUAUUUUUCCAUUAUCAUUUUUUUGUGCAAUGGGUUCAAUGGGAUGAUACCCAGUUGUCCUUAAUCUUUUCACAUGGUUUUCUAUAACAGGACGUUUCCAUUGAGUGAAAGUCCCUCCUGGUUUCAAGUGGGUUAAUGACUGAGAUGAUUAAUGACAUGUGGAAAUUGUCUCUACCCCCUUAGUUCAUAUAAAUGCCAAAAUUACAUAUUUAUUUUCUGACCUCGAAACCAGUCUCACAACUGUUCAGUUAACCAUGACACUUGUUGCCUAAUGUUAAGGUAUUGCUUCUAGGGCCCUUGGGGUUCAUUUUGAUCCAGCACCAGAAAAUACAACUGCCUCCAUAUUCGCCCUACAGCCCAAAAGUCUGUCUCACUGGUGUGGUAUGAGAUGUUUAAUGUACGAGUUUGUUUUACCGUUCUCCCAUCACUUACUUAGUUUAUUGAAAGAUCACAGGAGCCUAAAUGAAUAUGAAGUCAUCCUGCAGCGAAGGGUCUGUCUAAACAACACUUAGAAUGUCCUCAAACGUUCAAUUCAUGAUGUCCAGUCCAAACCACUUGGACUGGAAUGAAACAAACAUUCAACCAGCGUCUCUUGGACAUUGCAGGCAACAGAGUUCUAAUUCCAUGUCUUAACUCAGGUCCAGCAGAGUAGGGGUCCUUUGUGCUGUGUUUGGUUCCUGCUCGUUUUCAGAUGGGACCAUUCAAUGAAACACAGCUCCCUGGGCUUUGUCAUGGUGACACAAUGUUUAGGAGGCUGGGACGAGGAGAGCUGACUAGGACUGCAUUAGGCUGGGACGAGGAGAGUUGACUAGGACGGCAUUAGGCUGGGACGAGGAGAGUUGACUAGGACGGCAUUAGGCUGGGACGAGGAGAGUUGACUAGGACGGCAUUAGGCUGGGACGAGGAGAGUUGACUAGGACGGCAUUAGGCUGGGACGAGGAGAGUUGACUAGGACGGCAUUAGGCUGGGACGAGGAGAGUUGACUAGGACUGCAUUAGGCUGGGAUGAGGAGAGUUGACUAGGACUGCAUUAGGCUGGGACGAGGAGAGUUGACUAGGACUGCAUUAGGCUGGUGGUCUCCAAUGCCCACAGACUGUUCAUAGUAAACACCCUGGGAAGAUGGGUAACACUUGUGUUGCUAUUAUACCUGUGUAAUAACACUGUAAUUAAACCAGUAACAGAGUUGUAUUAGCAUGUUGUUACAUAAUACUUCAGUAAAUACAUUAUUUUGACAGUUUCAAUAAUGCAACUGGUUUGAUACCACAAAUUGAGUCAGCACAGCUCACAGCAAUAGACUUUUCAGCUCAUUCUGCUGAACAUCAAUACUUUUUGUGUGAUAACAGAGUACUGACAGUGCAAGAGAAAUGAGGGCCCUCACAGGAAAUGUGGAAAAAGUUGAGACUCAUUCUGGAAGAUGAAUGUGUCUAGAAGAGGUUCACUCAUGGGUCAUUACUUAGCUGAUACCAGAGACAGACUGGCCAUAGGACAGUUCUGGCAAAUGCCAGAUGGGUCGUCCAUCUUUAGCCCGGUGGGCCUGUCUGAAUUGGGCUUUUUCCGGCGAAUUAUUAUUAUUAUUCUGGCUAAUAAUUGAGACCUCGAGGGAAAAAUGGACCGGUGUUCCCCAAUCUGUCCCUGAAUGGUACUGUACUGAAAUGAUGUUUUCCAGUCUAGAAGUGUCAAGUGGAAUCAUCAAACUAACUUCUCACUUCAAAUGAUCUUUGUUAUGAUUUAUUUGUAUUUAUUUUUUUAUUUAACCAGGUAGGCCAGUUGAGAACAAGUUCUCAUUUACAACUGCGACCUGGCCAAAAUAAAGCAUAGCAGUGUGAACAGACAACACAGAGUUACACGUGGAGUAAACAAUUAACAAGUCAAUAACACAGUAGAAAAAAGGGGGAGUCUAUAUACAAUGUGUGAUUCACUUUGGUUGUCCUUGCUAACUUAAUGUUUGUAUUGAUGUAAAUAAUGGAAUAUGUGUUUUAAAGAGAUCCCAGAUCUGGAGUUGAAAUGCAGUCAUAUGUGCCUCAUGGCUGUUAUAGGAGGAUGCCACUUGAUUGUUCUCAUUUGUAUGAAACCCUCUGAAAUCAGUUUUUGUGAAAAAGACUUACCAAUUUCCAGUUACUUUUUUUUCAGUCUCACAGGAAUAAAUUCCGGGAUAUUCCACAAGACUGUAUUCGCUUCCCAAAUGGCACCCUAUUCCCUUUUUAGCACACUAUAGUGCCCCCUGGUCAAAAGUAGUUCACUAUAAAUGGAACAGGGUGCCAUUUAGGACAUUUAGGACAAGGACUCUCUGUGGUACAGAGAGUCCUUGUUUAGUGAUGUCACAGUUGAUGUAAACUUAGGAAGACUUCCUCUCUAAGUAUCCUCAGCUAAAAGACCGGGGACCGGAUUAGUUAGUGUGAUGCUGAGCGGAAGAGCAGACCGGGAGGCUAAGGCACAGAGAGACAGAACUGUGGGGUUUCCUUUGAAAUGUUUACAUAUGGGAAGAGUGCAGAGCCGUAUGCUGGGGAGCAGAGGACCAGAGGCCGCGGGGUCAUCCACAGAACCAUGGAGCCUGCCUAUACUGGGAUGUCACUGUAUAACUCAACCUCAACAGUGAUGCCCAUGGCGACCUCCGCCGGCAACACCAAUGUGAGCAGAGAGCCGUACAUGCACCGCCUGGCCCAUCUAGACGAGGGUCUCUACAAUGACUUCUACAGCCUGUGGAUCUGUCUGGUGGUGGUCAACACACUCAUCUUCAUGGUGGGAAUGGUUCUCAACACCCUGGCCCUGUACGUGUUCUGCUUCCGCACCAAGCCCAAGACCACCUCAGUCAUCUACACCAUCAAUCUGGCUGUCACAGACUUACUGGUUAACCUCUCCCUGCCCACACGUAUCAUUCUCUAUUACAGUGGGGAGUGCCUCAACUGCUCCUACGUGCAUAUAUUCAGCUACUUUGUCAACAUGUACUGCAGCAUCCUCUUCCUCACCAGUAUAUGCGUGGACAGAUACCUGGCCAUAGUACAGGCUGAGGCCUCAAGGAAGUGGAGGAACCCUAACGUGGCCAAGGGAGUGUGCAUUUUCAUCUGGCUCUUCGCUAUCGUGGUCACCUACUCCUUCCUCACCACGGCGUUCCGACACGCGGGCUGCUGCGUCUCCAAGCUCUUCGUCCUGACCGUCUUCGAGUUCUUCCUCCCCUUGGUCGUCAUUGUGGUGUUCACUGUGCGCAUCAUGUGUGCCCUGUCCAACUCCAGUCUGAUGCAGCAGAGCAGAGAGAGGCGCGUGCGGGCCGUGCAGCUCCUCACCACUGUCCUGGUCAUCUUCACCAUCUGCUUCACCCCGUUCCACGUCAGGCAGGUGCUGGUGUACUUCUACCCCGACAUGCCCCACCACGUCAUUGUCUACCACGUCACCGUCACCCUCAGCAGCCUGAACAGCUGCAUGGACCCCAUCGUCUACUGCUUCGUCACCAACAACUUCCAGUCCAGCAUGAGGGGCUUCUUCCGCAAGGCGGAUGCAGAGCUGGAGCAGACCAGUGGGAACAUCAUCAGCAUGCAGAAUAGCUCCAAGGGCUCGGGGACUGUCACAGCUAUCGCUCACAGUGUGAUGAUGAACGUCCUGUCGUCCUCCUCUCCCCAGCAUGGGAACCACAUAGCGUUAGACUGAGAAAGGGAUGGGAAGAUUGAGGAAUGGGAUGUUCAGUGUUCAGAGAGAUGGACUUCUAUUGCCUAACUGUGAGACUCUGGAGUGCAAUUGACAUACUACAGUAGGCUAUUCUCCCAUUUGAGAACAUGCUUUCCUGCUUCUAUUAUUGUAGCCUAUUGUUGGCUUGGAAAUGUAAGUACGUGAAGACAUUUUCGGACAAGAAACGUUAUUUCUCCUGUGUUGGCCUACACCAGUCAUGAUGGAGGGCAUUGACACUGAAUAUGACCUAUAAUGUGUUUAUUGCAGCAUGAUUUAUUUCUACUGUACAAUUAUCAUCUGAGGAGUAUUUGUUUACUUUGAUCCUAGAUCUUAUGGACCUCUGACAAAAUAGACAAGUAAUAUUCUACUGCAUUGCUAUGGAAACAAAUAGAAAUAUAUGAUAAACAGCUUCUGUAGAUUAAUGUGUGACAUUGUUGUCACAAUACAUAUUUAUCGUCGGCCUUCUCAGAAACUGGUUUUAUGCUAAACUUAUAUUACUGGCAAAUAUUACCAAACCAAUUGUCCAAAAACAUAUAGAAUAAAACAUACAAAACCA